UCAUCCUCCGACACACACCCAGUUCUUACUGCUGCCCGCCACACCGGAGACCGGAGACACCCGCUUCAGCCGAACACAGAGCACUCGGACCGGAUCUGAUGACCUCGCUCGGGAUGUGGAGGCUGCAGUGACGUCAGAGAUCAGGGAAGAGAAAGCUCUCCCUUCCCAGAAGUCCCUGUGUCUCUGGAUCACCUUCAGCUGAAGCAGACACACAGGUGCACAGCAGCAGUACAUGAUCUUCUGGAACAGACUGACCCCUGAGCCCUUGCUUCAGUGACCUCUGACCCCUGGCAGCCGUGACCAUGGCAGCAGCCAAGCCCAAGGGGCAGACCUCGCUGGCUCUGCACAAGGUGAUCAUGGUCGGCAGCGGCGGAGUCGGGAAGUCUGCUCUCACUCUGCAGUUCAUGUACGAUGAGUUUGUGGAAGACUACGAGCCCACGAAGGCUGACAGCUACAGGAAGAAGGUGGUUCUGGACGGCGAGGAGGUGCAGAUUGAUAUUCUGGACACAGCCGGUCAGGAGGACUACGCAGCGAUCAGAGAUAACUACUUCCGCAGCGGCGAGGGCUUCCUCUGCGUCUUCUCCAUCACCGAACUAGAGUCUUUUACAGCCACGGCUGACCUCAGAGAGCAGAUUCUGCGGGUGAAGGAGGACGAGAACGUCCCCUUCCUGUUGGUGGGUAAUAAGUGGGAUCUGGAGGACAGGAGACAGGUGAACGCCGACGAGGCCAAAGCCAGAGCGGAUCAGUGGAGCGUGAGCUACGUGGAGACCUCUGCUAAAACCAGAGCCAACGUGGACAAGGUUUUCUUCGACCUCAUGAGGGAAAUCCGCGCUAGGAAGAUGGAGGACAGCAAGGAAAAGAACGGAAAGAAGAAGAGGAAAAGUCUGGCCAAACGAAUCCGUGAAGGAUGUUGUAUUUUAUAGUGUCUGCGUUCCUUUAGUGUCCUCCUCUGCGUAUGUGCCUGUGUGUUCUCGUCCUCGGCUGCGAUGUGUCCGAUCAGAUGAAGCACAGCUCAGUGAGA